UUUAGAAAUUUACCUAUUUUCCAGAACAUUCCAGAUAGAUUCAGUGCUGAGUAAACUUGGAGUAACUUCUAGAACAUUCUAGAACUUUCCAGUAAUAUAAAUAGUAGUAUAAAUACAGGGGCCUUAAGCCCACCAGUUCAGUUUAGUUCCAGCUGCCUAAGUGGAUACAUAUCUGCAUUUUUCGGAGAUGGCAUCAAGAGGCUGCAAGCGUUCGGCAGACGCAUUUUGCGAUGUCUGUGGCCAAUUUAUCAAGACAAGAGUGAAAAAAAUACUUUGUGGAAGCAUCUGCUAAGAUGUGUGAGGCCUACAAGGCAUAUUUUGGCAUGCCUGUCAGGGAUAAAGAUAAUCCCUGGGCACCUCAUUUCACCUGCGAGCAAUGCAAAACAAUGCUGGAAGGAUGGUACAGAGGGGAAAACAGAGCCAUGAAGUUCACUAUCCCAAUAAUUUGGCGGGAACACACUGACCACUCAGGCAACUGCUAUUUCUGCAUGGUGGACACUUUCAAACGUCGGACUGGCAAGAAUGCACCUGCUAUCACUUAUCCGGACCUUCCGUCAUCCAUCGCCCCAGUGCCAAACUGCCAUGAGCUCCCUGUACCCACUCCUCCAGAGAGAGAGAGAGCAGCCGUCUUUAGAAGAGAGCAGCAAAUCAGAGAGCGAAGAAGACAUUGUAGAUCCAGAUGACAAUUUCAGAGGUGGAGCUAAGGAGAGAAACCCAUACUACCCAACCAAAAAGACCUCAACGACUUGAUAAAAAAUCUUGGUAUCACCAAGGCCAAUGCCGAGCUUUUGACGUCUAGGCUCAAGCAAUGGAACUUGUUGGAUAAAAGUGUGCAAGUCGCAGAUUAGAGAAAGCGUCACCAACGUUUUGGCAGCUUCUUCACCCGUCAAGAUGGGCUCUGCUUCUGCCACAAUGUGACCAGUCUGUUAGAGGCAAAGCGGAAUCGCCUGUAACCAGAAUGAGUGGCACCUCUUGAUUGACAGCUCAUCCAGUAGCCUCAAAGACGUGCCGCUCCAUAAUGGUAACAACUACCCGUCUCUUCCCCUGGCUCACUCGGUGCACCUCAAAGAGGAUUACAACAGCAUCAAGACCUUGCUGGACGCUUUGAAGUAUGAUGAGUACGGCUGGGAGGUCAACGGAGACUUCAAUGGUGGCAUUCCUGAUGGGUCUCCAAGGCGGUUUUACCAAGUUUACCUGCUAUCUUUGCCUUUGGGACAGCAGGGACACCAAGGCGCACUACCACAGGUGGGACUGGCCACAGUGGACCGAGUUUUCUGUGGGAAGGAACAACGUCAAGUGGGAGCCACUGGUGGACCUCCGGAAGGUGUUGAUGUCACCACUGCACAUAAAAUUAGGCCUUAUGAAACAAUUUGUCAGAGCUGUAGAUAGGGAGUCGGCAGCCUUCAAGUACCUUCAAUACUUCUCUAAGCUGUCUGAGGCAAAGGUCAAAGCCGGUGUCUUCGUCAGAUCACAGAUAAAGAAGAUCCUGGAGUGCAAUGAAUUCCCCAAGAAGCUCACUCGUAAGGAGAAAGCGGCUUGGAACAGCUUUGUCGCAGUGGUUCGUGGCUUCUUGGGCAAUGACAAGGUCGAAAAUUAUGUGGAGCUGGUUGAGACUUUGGUGAAGAACUACGGCACAAUGGGCUGUAUGAUGUCCCUCAAAGUCCAUAUCCUUGAUGCUCAUCUUGAUAAAUUCAAGGAGAACAUGGGAGCGUACUCAGAGGAGAAAGGCGAGCGCUUCCACCAGGAUAUACUGUACUUUCAACGCUGCUACCAAGGACGGUAUAACGAGAACAUGAUGGGGGACUAUAUUUGGGGGCUAAUUCAUGAAAGUGAAUUUACAGUUAUAUCGUAAAUUUCGAAAAACUACUCACUUCU